AUGGAAAAUAGUGAAUUCGGUUGGGCUGAUUUACCUCUACCGUUACUCGAGCAAAUCUUUGAGAUUCUUCCUAUUAAAUACAAAGGAAGAGCGGCUCAAGCUUGUUUCUCAUGGUAUUGUGCCCUAAAAAGUGAUCGUUGUUGGCGAUAUUUUCAAUAUAAAGAUGACAUUUUUGUGCGCCGAAAGUUCACUCAACAUUCUGGAUGGCAAAAUCAUAUUGAUCACUAUAGAAUUCGAUUUCUUACCGCUAAAGUUGUCACCAAGUGGCAUCGAUUUGAAGUGAUUCCAGUAGCCAAUUUGUCGAAUAUGUACGAAUUUCUGAGAACGAUCUCAAAUUUUUCUGAAUACUAUGAAAGAAAUGCUGGUGAAGAGCCUUUAUCAGGACUGCGAUCUUUUCGCUUUCAUUGGGAAAUGUUGAUUCAAAAAGCUGCACUGAAUCAAUUCAAUCGAGAUGAAAGCAGUCGGCAAGAGGAUCAGAAUGAAAAGCAUAAACCGGAUGAGGUUCGGGAUAUCGGUACUGGUGGCACAAUGCUUGAGGGAAUCUGGUUUUUUCUUCAACAUCUUUAUGGCCUCAAAAUCUGGCUAUUCUUCAAUGAAAAAUUAGAGGAAUUCUAUCUUUUGAAUGCAACUCUUUACCGAAAAUCAAUUAUGUACUUGGGAUUGUUUUUAAAUCUUCGAAAAUUGGUUGUUUCUCCUCAACACAUCGAUGAUGAUAGUCUGAUUUUGAUUGGAGAUUUGCAGUACUUAAAAACUUUUAUGUUGGUUCAGACAGAGAAAACUUCCGAAGAACGAUCGUGUUCUAGACAAGCUUGGGAAAAGUUUAAAGAAAGUAAUCGAAAAAGAACGAAAUUGUACUUAGUACUGUCAGGUAGAUGCAAAAAAGAGAUGUUGAUUCAAAUGGGAGCUCCUGUGCACUCGAUUAUUUGGGAGAACUACAUUGGACAGCUUACGAAAGAUCUAGCUCAACAGAUUUAUUCUGAAUAUUUUGAAACUUUGACAGAGUUUAUUCAAAAAGGAUUGGAAAGAAAAAAACGAGAAAACAAAUUUUCGGAGAGAGCUGAUAUUCCCGCUGUUGAGAUAAUGAAUCAUUGCACUCAACUACAAUAUUUUGCUUUAAGAGAACGAAUUUCUACAGCAACAGCUCUAAUCUUAGCUUUAAAAGCGAAAGAAAUGUGUUGCAAGUUGUGCAUUCGACAAAAUGCUUUGCUAAAAAGGAACUGUUGGCCGUCUACUGAUUUCAUUUUCUAUGGCAUUAAAGUCUCUCGAAAAUGGAUUCUAAACAUAUGCUUUGAUUACGAUCUCACCGCUGAGAAAAUCCUUGAGAUCACUCGUGAUACUCGAUGUAUCAUGAAUGAUCAACAAUACAAGAGUUUUAUU